UAUAGACACAGUUGGAGAAGGAUGAAUCGAAAGAUACUAAACAAGUAGUACGACUCUCCAUAUAUCAUAUGGAGUCCUCCUCCUCACCUACUGAUCAUGCAAGUGGUGGCCAAUGCCGUACCCAAAUUGUCUCAAAAAAAUGUAACUCUAUAUUUCCAGCCAUGAAAAAGUAUCAACACUCUUCUCAAAGAACACCGUCAUUUUCUUCCUCAUCUUCCUCGUCUUCAUCUUUCGUAUCGUCGUCCUGUAAUCUCGAUCGUGAUUCUUCUCCUCCUAUUAGUCCGGCCACCCCGCUUCGAUUUUCCGGUGUCCCUUUCUCUUGGGAACAUGUUCCCGGAAUUCCAAAGAAACCUAGCAGCAACAAGAAGGAAUUAUUUUCCUCACUGAAGCGCCUCCCACAACCUCCUCCCAGAGUCAGUAAUCAGAAAAUCACCUCAAAAAAGUUGAUCGUGGAUGAUAUUCAGGUGAGACACAGCAACUCCAAGGGCAAGGGGCAUACAGCUAAUUAUCUCCGAAAGGAUCCUUUCUUUGCUGCAUUGGUUGAGUGUUCCAAGGAUGACGACGGCGACGACGACGAUCAAGGAUACUCAAGUGCUGGUGCCAAGGUCUCAAGGAGUGUGAGUGAAAGAUUUGGAUUCUUCAAUCUUUCUACAUUAUCUUGUAAGACAACUUGUGCAGUUUCUGAAUCAAUGAUACACGUUCAAAGACCGAGCAGAACUUCUUAUCAUCUGAUUAAUCGCCGUUCCCGAUGAGUUAAUCGCCGUUCCCGAUGAGUUUACGAUCCUUAUUGUCCUCGAUCCAUCACUCAUCUUAAUUGUGUGUCUUUUUCUAAAUUUAUUUUUAGUUUUUAUUGUCUGGUGUGAGGACGAAAUGUAAUUCUGAAAAUAUAAAUAUUUAACUGGGAUUAAUACGUUCAUAUACAACUAAGGAACACAAGUGUAUGAUUUUUGCUGUUUUGUUCUAUAUAUUAUUUAUAUAUAUUCUGCUACCAAAUACUGUAUAAAAUAUACAUUGUUUGCUGUGAAAUUAUGUGAUGUUUGUG